AUGAACAAAGAAAAUUUAGCUAUGAUCAACUACGACAAAUCGGUGGAAGGCAGCCUAAACUUGCUUAUACUCAAAACUCAGGAAGAUACAACUUCAACGGAUUCAGGUUUUAAGAAUAGUCUGGAUAGGUUAACUGUAGAUACUCUGAGGAUGCUUUGUAGUGCCGAAGGUCUACCAUGUUCUGGAUCCAAAAAGGAACUUGUCGAAAGGUUUGCUUUAAGAAUGUCAAACAAGAUAAAAGGAAAAGUUAGUAACUUCAGUGAAAUGUUACAUCCAAACAAUGAACAUGACAUUAAGGUUGAAGAAAGGUUAAAGGGAGAAAGCCGUAAAAAAGAUUUUGGCUACUCAGACAAGUUGGAUGAAAUUUACUAUACAGGAGCAAAUAAGUCGUUUCAAGAAUCAUCAAAUAACACUCUUAGUGAAAAAUCUUUGCAAGCCACGGUAUUAAAGGCGUUGGAAGAAAUGAAACAAAGUCUAUAUGUAGUAGGAAGUAGAGAUGAAGAUCGAUUUUGGCCAGAAGAACUAGAUGAGGCCCUGUUGUUUAAAUCGAUAGAACCAAUUGUAAGAGCCCGUGAAAUAGCUUAUACUCGAGCAUAUAUAUUACAGGCUGUUCUAAGAGAAAGACUGACUUUAGCAAGACAAACAGCAAAGAACAAAAGAAAAAGAACAGACAAUGUAUUUUUGGGAAAUACAUAUUCUGGAAUACAGUCUCAGUGGGGUACCUAUACUCAACUACCACAUCCAAUUCAAAAGCCUCUAUUGGAUCAAGGCAAUAUAUACUCUUACAGUACGCAGCAUCCUAGACCAAAUCUUGCAUUUCAACAUCAACCUUUAAACCUUACAACUCAACAUUUACAUAAUAAUUAUCUUCAAGCUGCAAAUAAUCAACCAGCCUUUCAAGGAUGGUCUGCUCUACCAACAAUGUAG